CAGAUAUUUACAAACAAAGACAGAUAUCAUAAUCAUAUAAUGAAUAAAGACGAACAAUCUAGAGUUGUUGUGAUCACUGGUGCUAGUUCAGGCAUUGGUGAAGCACUAGCAUAUAUCUACGCAAGCAAGAAACAGACCACGUUGGUAUUGGCAUCAAGAGAUGUCACCAAACUCAAUGUUGUAGCCAAGAAGUGCAAGCAACUAGGUUGCAAUCAAUGUAUAGUGAUUGGCUACGACGCAGCCAAACAAUCAGAUUGCCAGAGCUUGAUUGAACAGACCAUCAAACGAUUCAAAAAGAUUGACUUGCUCAUACUUAAUGCUGGCGUGUCAUAUCAUAACCUAUUCACAGCGACUGAGAACCUCUCUGUCUAUCGCGACAUGAUGAACAUCAACUUCUUUGGAUACAUGUACACAACAUAUUAUGCACUUCCUCAUAUGAUCAGUCAAUCAAGUGGUGCCAAUGCUACAAAGCCACAGAUUGCCGUCGUUUCGUCGGUGUCUGGUGAGCUGGGACUGCCUCUGCGGGCAGGCUACUGCGCGUCAAAGUUUGCAGUCAAUGGCUUCUUUGAGUCACUGCGCAUGGAGGUGCCUCAGGUGGACUUUACAAUGCUGCUGCCGACCUCUGUCAACACACCAAUGCGCACUCACUCUCUUGGUGCCACCGAGAAGAAGUCCGUUCAGUUCAAUGAGGACGAGAGCAAGAGGAUGUCAUUGGAGGAUUGCUGCAACAUUAUGGUAUCAUCAAUCGAGGGCAGACGCAAGAAGGUCGUCUUCCCAUUCAGCAACUAUCUGGCCACAGUCAUCAAACCCAUCUUCCCAUCCUUCAUUGAGAAGAUGGCUCUAAAGAAGGCAGGUGGAUCAGUGAGCGCAUCAUCGACACGACCUCAGCUCAAGGCCAAG